CCUGUGAGCCGGACUCCUUGCAGUAGCACCCUAGCCGCUGCUUUGCUGAUUAAGCACUAGCUGAGAUGAGAUCACUUCUUCCUUGAUCUCCUUCCUAACUUGGAUUUCACAGCCACCCCUCAUUCUCAAGCAGGACAGCUGAACUUUUCCGGAGAGCUCCCUUUCUUCGUCCUGAAUCUUCCAUGUCUCAAACUCCAUCCAACUCAGAAAUCAAAAGGGCUUUAGAAGAAAGCCCAGAGACUAACAUUGAAAAUGACACCCCGGAGGGACCCAGACCCAGCAAUUACCUAAUUCUUACAAUAUUUGCCUGUUUCUGCCCUGCAUACCCAAUAAACAUAGUGGCAUUUGUGUUCUCUAUAAUGGCCUUAAACAGCUAUAAUGACGGGGACAUAGAAGGAUCAAGAAGACUGGGACGCAAUGCUCUUUAUGUAUCGAUAGCAUCAAUCAUCAUUGGUCUUCUGGUCAUUGCAACAUAUUGCAUUGUUCAUUUCACAACGGUAUGACGCUUUGUCUCUGCCUGGGAGCAGCAUUCAGUCUGAGCACUGGAAAGAAGGAAAGUAGAUGAACACUGACCACACUCUCAAGAUCUUCAGAAGGGGAAGAGGCCCAUUUUUGCAUAUAUGAGAAUCUUGAGUUUCUAAAUUAACAUGGUGGAUGUGAAUGAAUUCUAUACAUGUAUAUAGCUACAUGUAUGCAAGCAUAUACAUAGACUGUAUAUACUGUAUGUACAACAUGUCAGUCUCAGUUCAAAUGAAAUAUAACAAUCUCAUGACUCAGUGACAAGCAGUUUACUAGGGAGUCACAUAACCACAAUCCAUGCAUGUCAUCCAUACUUAGUCAUAACCCAAGCAAGGAACUGCACCCUCCUGAUGCAAAACCUCUCUGUCGAGAACACUUCAGCUCCCUGCACUGAGGACUGAGGGGGGAUAAAAUAUAUUUAUUCUCUCUGGAGAAGUAACAUUUUUGUACCCAAGUCAAGAAUAUGCUCAGCAUUCUCUUUCUUUGCUAACACCAUUAACCAGCUACAGUGUAUAAACACAAAAAGCUUAGGCUCAGUAUAGAUAUCUGGGCAGCCUCAAGCUGUUUCCAGCUGAUUGCAAUGCUAUGUAUGGAGGGCACUUUACAGAGCCCUUAAUUGGGUAGAAAAUGUCUGUACAGUUUUGUACAGUUUUUAUUAACAUAUAUAUAUCAGCACUGAUUGCGUGUUGGUUACCCAUUGUAUAGGAGAAGUUCCCAUAAAUACAGUAUAUCAACUGUUCAUAUGUUGCAGAUGGCAACAAUUGUUAGGUUUUAGUAGCCGAGGGAUGAAUAUGUUGUAACAGUGCUUUAUUAACAGCUUCAGUCAGCCAUUAAACUCAUAACAGUAUAAAAAGGAAUAUGUAAUAUACAGCAAACACUACAAUGAUCUAAAUAAUGUUGACUUUUUAUUCAUAUAAUUACCUAGUUUUCUAUACUUCCUCUUUACUGGAUACCUCCCAUCAAUUAUGCCCCAUCUGCCCAGCCACACCUAAUCACAGUUAAACAUGUCCUCAAAACCCAACCAAAUUAGGUGGGGGUUUUUUAGACUGCCAUACCUACAUAAGGUUUGCAACAUACUUAUAUACUUACAUAUAGUUAUACUUAGGUAAACCUUUUCUUUUAAGGGCCACUAUCCCUUCAUUGUUUUUACAUACCCUUUGUCUAAUUGAAAUAUUGGUUGUACAGUUUAUUUAUUGCAGUGUUCAGAUUGUGUCACUAUCUAUUUUUUUUAAUUUUUUUAUGCAACAUAAAACUACAUUUACUUCAGUGAAUACACCUUCCUGUUUGAAUGUUUUGUGUGAUUUAUUUUUAUUGUCUUUAUGCUAGAUGAACAUGGAUAGGUACAUUAUGCAUAUCUGCAUUCAUUCAUGCAAGAUAAAAUGGCAUGUUCACAGGCAUUUUAAAGAAGAACUAAGAAGUAGUCUAGAAAAGGAACUGGCUAUGUUUUGGGUUUUUUAGUAGCCCAAGGCAACAACAGCCAGGCCUGGACUGGCAAUCUGUAGAAUCUGGCAAAUG